CGAGAGAAAAAUCUUGAAAAAGCGGCAAAAAAUACGCCAAACCAUAAGGCACCGCCGCCUCCGAGCGGGCGGCAGCAGCGCUCUCGCAGCGCGGCGGCGGCGGCGCUGGGGCCCGGCCCGCCUGCCCGCGGCGGCGGCGGGGCGGCUCUCGGCGGAGCGCCGCGGGGGCCCGGCGGGGAGAGUGGCCGCCCGCCCGCCGCGCCGCGCCGCCCGCCGCCGAUGCGCUGUCCCGCCGCCUCGCCAUGACCCUGAGCUCGGAGAUGUCCGAGGCGUCGGCGCUGGCUGAAGAGACCGACAUCGAUGUGGUGGGCGAGGAGGACGACGAGGAGGACGAGGAGGAGCCGCAGCCCCGCCACCGCCGCCGCCGCCGCUCCUACGCCGAGGACGAGGAGGAGGAGGAAGAGGAGGAAGAGGAGGAUGCGGGCGACCUUCACGACGACGCCCUGCUGCCGCGGUCGCCCGUGCGCGCGGGCGGCGGCGGCGGCGGCGGCGGCGGCGGCGGCGGGGCGGGCGGCGGGGACGGCCCCGGCGGCUCGCGGCCCCCCUCCCGGGGCGGCCCGCAGAAGGCGGCGGCGGCGGGCGGCGGCGGGGCGGGAGGCGGCGGCGGCGGCGGCGGCGGGGCGGGAGGCGGCGGCGGCGGCGGCGGCGGCGGCAAGAACAGCCUGGUGAAGCCGCCCUACUCGUACAUCGCGCUCAUCACCAUGGCCAUCCUGCAGAGCCCCAAGAAGCGGCUGACGCUGAGCGAGAUCUGCGAGUUCAUCAGCGGGCGCUUCCCCUACUACCGGGAGAAGUUCCCCGCCUGGCAGAACAGCAUCCGCCACAACCUCUCCCUCAACGACUGCUUCGUGAAGAUCCCCCGGGAGCCCGGCAACCCGGGCAAGGGCAACUACUGGACGCUGGACCCCGAGUCCGCCGACAUGUUCGACAACGGGAGCUUCCUGCGCCGCCGAAAGCGCUUCAAGCGGCAGCAGCUCCCGGCCCCGGAGUUGCUGCUGCGAGCCGUGGACCCCGCCGCCUUCCUCCCGCAGCCCCCGCCCCAGCCCCCGCAGCAGCCGCCCUGCGCCUACGGACCCUACGGCUGCGGCUACGGCCUCCAGCUGCAGCCCUACCACCCCCACUCCGCCCUCUUCGCCUUCCACCACCCCUCCCCGCCGCCCCGGCAGCCCCCCGCCGCCCCCGCCGGCGCCCCCGCCGCGGCGCUGCCCCCCCCCGCCGCCGCCGCCGCCGCCGCCGCGCCGCCGGGCCCCUUGCUGCCGGCUGCGGAGCUGGCACGGACGCCCUUCGGCUACGCGCACCCGCUGGGCCCGGCGCUGGCGGCCUCGCUGCACGCCGCCAAGCCCGGCAGCGGCGCGGCGGUGGCCCGCUCGCCCUUCUCCAUCGAGAGCAUCAUCGGGGGGGGGCCGGGCCCCGGCCUGGGUGCCGGCCCCGCUCCCGGUGCGGGCGGCAGCUGCGCCUCGCAGUCGGGCGCGGCGACGGGGCUGUCCCGCUCGCUGGGGAGCGGCCUGGCACCCGCCGCCGCGCUGCCCGCCGCGCCCGGCCUGGCGGCCCGCAUCUCUAACUGUUAAGGGGUUCGGAGUCUUUCCGAAGGUAGGAUCUGGGCUCUUUUUCUUUGCCGCUCGGAUGCCCGGCGGACGCACGGAGGAGCGGCUUUGCGCGGGAUUUGCGCGGGAUUUGCGCGCGGUUUGCGCGUUGGGGAUAUAUGAGGCCGUUCUCUGUGGCCGGCGGGUUGUCCGGGACCGGUCCGAUGCACAGCCAGGUCGGUGUGCUGCACGGGCAGGCGGUCACGCUGUUGGAAAGUUACUCGUUACUCCUUAAAAAAAAAAAGAAAGAAAGAAAGAAAGAAAGAGAGAAAGAAAGAAAGAAGAAAAAAAGUAAUAAUAAUAAAUAACGUCUCUAAACCGUCAAAGUUCAGAGAUUCUCAGGUCUAGGAGCUUGAAAACAGUGAUUUACAGGAACAGAGAAGGCUUGAGGGAGGACAGCAAAGCAAUACUUUUUCAUUUUAGUACACUUGUCUCAUGUACUUUUAUA